AAGCCAUAACGGACAAUGGCGCCGAUGCGGCUGACAGUUUUCUUAACCGCGAUGUUGGUGGUGGUGACGGCGUCGCAUGGCAGAGGAGGAGGAGGAGGCGAAAACUCUGUUGACAUGCGAGGAGGAAGAGUUGACGCAGCCCAUGGAAGAGGAGGACGGGCUCAUGCGCGAAGAGACAGUCUUGAAGUUCCAAACAUGGGCCGAGGGCAAAGGGGCGUAGGAGCGCAUGAGAAGCGGAGGCAAGCUCGAUCCAAGGCACACAGGGGAUAGAUCGAGCACUGGACUCCGAGCAGGGAAACAAGAACUCUGCAGCCAUUCGGUUCCUGGAGCACUCCUGCCCUCUGGCAUCACUGGCUUGUGUGUGGUGAUCGAUGAGGGUACGAGCAUGUGCAGUGGUCAGGUGAUGAUGGAGGUGAAGUUAGCUGGCGACGAAGGAGCUGUCAUCUUUAACAAGCCUCUUGACGUGUCCGAGCUCCAGACCUGUGCGACCGCACAGGAGAUGCAAGAAGCUCCAAUCAUCGUCCACACGUGCUCGAACAACGCGAAGAUCUGUGUGGACUUCAUGAGAGAUGGGCAGAACACUCUUGCAAUCAGCCAAGAGUCUGUCUCUGGGUGUCCAACAAUCUACGUCGUCGACUGUGCACUGGGCCCCAACGGGAGUUUCCCGCUUCCACCUCUGCCCUUCGAGCUCGAAUGCUUCUCUUUCGGCGAUGAUUGCUCCAAGUAUUCAGACUGUGGAUCCUGCAUCAAGAAUGGAUGUGGCUGGUGCUCAGCUGGGUACUCGAAUCAACAUUCCUGCAAACCCGGCAAUGCUGCUGGCGCGCUGUGCAACGGUAGGAACGCAUGGCCCCGAUGCGAAGACUGCGGGGUUCCAAAUUGCAACUGUGACUGGAACUUUGGGAAGUGCCCUGUGCCAGAAGUAGAUAUGGAGGCAAACGACGCCAAGAUGAACCAGACGAUCUGGAAGCUCAACAUGACGACUGAAAGCCUCCAGUCGAUGAAGUCGGAUGUGGUCGACGGACAGCUGGACUUGGAUGGCCGGCAGUAUGACUGCCUCGCUACAUCAACCAUCGCGCGCGACUCCUCCUCUCAGACUGCGAUCCUUGUCGUGCUUGCCAUCGUCACUGCCCUCGUCGGCGGCUGUGCCGGAAUCGCCUUCGGAAAGGCUGGCUACUGGGAUCUUGUUUUUAGGAGAAGGGGGGAUGACGAGGGCCCGAUGAUAUCUAGGGACGCCACAGGCUCCUACGUCCCUCCAGACAUCUGA